GACGGAAGGUUCUGCGCUCGGGUUUGCCGUGUCACCAGUUAUAUUGCGUUUUGGAUCGUAUCCUGAUAUCAAUUUACCAUCCCCGUUACUAACAAAGAUUUCUUUCUCCUACAAGAACAUCCCACCAGCCGAGGAAUGCACUUGCCUUUUGUCACGCAUUGAAGUGUACAUCCGCUUUAAGCAACACUUUCUUUCUGAUCCAAAACCAACCAAUGCGACACGACCAAACUCGAGUCUUAACACUUUCGGCCACACACCUGUGUUUCAUAUCUGACGGAUCUUCUGAACAGUGCAAUAUUUCCCCAAGCGCAUAAAAAUUGCAAACUCCCUUGAGAGGAGGACUCAAAAUACAAGCCUACUUACACAGAAAAGCAGCAUAGCAACAGUGAGCAACGUAACUUGGUCAACCAACGUUGACAGUUGAAUCACACAUCCAUCUGUAGUAACGGCUGAGAAACCUCGGAGCAACCGCUUCGCCAUACUUUCGAGGUACGGGGACAAGCAAGACGUGUAUUUCAAGCACAUUUCUUCACUUUUUGUCCCUCUUUUAACUUUUUUUGUGAGUGUAAAUUGAUGUUUCACGAGCUACUAACGUGAACAGUGUGCGGGAGGGAAGAGUGUGCUGAGGUCGUAGUUUUGCUUCCAACUUGCAAAUUUUCGCUCACUUACAGUGGAGAAUAAGAGUUUACAUGGGAGUGCGGUGUUGGCGUGAAGUGUGAGUCCGGGAGACGUGAAACUGUUGAGUGCGCCGCCUUGUGGUGAUCAAAGUUGGUGCUGCCAAUCAUUAUCGAAUCUUCGAAGGCAUAAACGGUGCGUUCGAGGCCUGUCGUUGGUGGUAUCAGCAGGAAAACUAACAGUACCUCGGAGCGAGUAAGUGGAAAAUUGUGAAGGAAGGAGAGGAGCGACAGCAGCAGCGCGGCAGAGGGUGAGCGGAGGAAAAGGAUGGAGCGUGAAUCAAAUGCCAUGCCGCCGAUGUGUAGAUCAGGAUGUGGAUAUUAUGGCAACCCGGCACAGGAUGGGCUAUGUUCAGUGUGCUAUAAAGAUUUGCUUAGAAAGAAGCAGCAGCCACCGGUUAGCAGCACGCCUUCCAGCAACAAUGCACCUCCACCAUCUGCCGCAGGCCAAACCCCAGCAGCGCCCUCCGUCAACAUUCGUUCCGUCGUGACGCCACAGAGCUUCGCAGCAAGCAUCAGCAGUAGUGGCGGCAGCGGUAGUAGCAGCGGCGGCAACAACACCACUACAACCACAUCAGCCUCCUCUAUCGCAGCCACGGCGUCUUCUUUGCCAGCGACGUCGUCGUCCUGUGUCGCCACCUCCUCCAUGAACACUUUGAUAGUGACUGGUACCAACACGGCACAACCAACCGUGCACAGUGGGCUUUUCAGUUCGGAAAAAGAUAAAAUUAUUAACGACGACAGUGGCAGCCUUGGGGGUAAUAGUAAUAAUAGCUCCAUAGCCGAUAACGACGACAAAGACGGCGAUAAAGAUGGCAAAAAGAAAAAGAAUCGAUGUGUAACAUGCCGCAAAAAAGUGGGGUUAACCGGUUUCGAAUGCCGGUGUGGAGGACUUUUCUGCGCAAUACAUCGAUACAGCGACAAGCACGAGUGUUCGUUCGAUUAUCGGGAACUGGGUGCCGCCGAAAUUAGACGUAAUAAUCCUGUUGUGGUUGGGGAAAAGAUCCAGAAAAUUUGAACACCAUCCUUCGUGCCAUCGUAUAGUAAUAUUUCGCACACCGUACAGCUGAAACAGCCGCACCACUGCAGCCGCAUAUGGAACCAGCAUCAUCGUCACCACAACCACCGCUGCUGCCACCGCCUCUGGCACGUAAUAUGAAUUGAGAGAUCAUCAUUCGUCCGGUAACUGAUUAUUGCCGCAAGCGAGCAUUGUCCUGUAGUAGCAUGGGUAUUAGUUUAGUUUAGUGGAACUGGCUUGGUACACGUUUUUUGGCAAACAAAAUUAACUGAACGCUUUCAAACAUAUUGAUCCUUCGUCCCUUAUGCUUUCCUGGUUGUUAGAUAUUAUUUUCUGUUUGAUUUACUUACUAAUAGCAAUGGAGUGCAAUUUAAAGAAAGAUAAAUGAGGGGAGCGCAUAGGAAGGAAGGAUUAUGAAAAAAAAACUACAAAAGAGUUUCAAUAAGCACGACGAAAAUACACUUUUUCUUCAUGUACAGCGAUUUUGGAAGGAACGCUAAAGUCAACAUAACGUUACAAAAAGCAAUUCAUGAGCAAACACAGUUACGCGAGCGCUUUCGGUUACUUCAGUUGCAAGAACUUUCGUACAAUUUGUUUAUCUAAUUCGUAACACAAGUUAUGCAAUCUUCACCUUUUGAAGUUUGUAGCAACGUUAAACUUCUCCCACACACACACACACACACACACACACACACACACACACAAACAUACAAUAAAAUAUCACAACAGCGGGACGGACGUAUGUAAAACACAACCGUAACUAUCCUUCACUUGGGCGAGAACGCGAACGAAAAAUGUGAAUCCGGAUCACUUCUCUUAUCGCUUUAACCUCUAAUAGCGAGAAUCCUGUCACAUCCUUUUCCUUAGAAAAAUCAGUUGGGAUGCGUGGGGAAAGUGGACAAGAGCACGUGUGUAAAACAUUGGCACAAACGGGAAGUUUCUUGUUUUUUUUGUGUGUUCGCAGAAGCAUGGAACGUGUCAGCUAUUCUGCCCAUCUGGUGUUACGUCUUGAUAUGGUGAAUGCUCGAGAAAAAUGCGUGAAAAGUAGAUUUGGUCGAGUAAUGAAAUGUGUUGUGUGCACAGAUUUUAGAAUGAUUUGCAGGCCAUGCUGGGGUAGCGCAUAUAGCGAGAGAAAAUGUCUUAUAUUCGAUCAAACCACUGCGAAUUCGAUUUGAGAAUGACCCAGGUAGAUUUAAUCUUUAUACAUUUAAUUAUUGCUAGUAAUAAAGAAAAUUUAGGAACAACACAACACGAUAGAUUCGUUUAGAGCAUGAUUUUUUAAAUGAACCUCCUCUCUUGGCUGCUGGGUGGGUGUACAAAGGUGAUCAUGGUUUUUCUUGCAUCGUGCAGAACUGCCAAGGGAAAACUAUCUGAACUGAAGAUUGCCCGUGUUUUCUCGACCGGGCGAAAAUGCUCUAGCAGAAUGUAUUAUAUUUUUCACAACUGGUGAGAGGCAAAGAGAGUUUCAAGUCUCAAUUAUUGACGUCGACGAAAGUGCGCGUUUGUUCCGAGGGCACUUACACAAAACCACACUGGCACUAAUACGGAAAUACUUAGUCUGCAAAAACCUUCUACCAAAGACACACAGCUGACGAAUUCAAUUCUUUGCUAUGCCCAUUGGUUUUAAAUUCUCUUGUCUUAUCGUUCGCCAUCUCUUUCUCUCUCUCUCCAUUUUUAUGUUUUCAUGGUUUAUUCGCUUCGCUAAUUAUCAGAGCGAGGCUGGGGACAUGAUUUUCCUGCAUGAUUUUGUAGCAGAGCAAAGCAAAUUUAUGUACGACUGGCCCCAAUUGUUGUGCAUUUCUUUAACUUUCUCCCCUUUAACCAUUCGGUCUGUGUACAUCUCGUGCUCUAUUUGGAUAACAUUUUCUUUCUGAAAUGUAAAUGAUUUGCGCUACAGAUAGAACGAAAUUUUGCGAUAAAGAUGAAAGAUAAUCUGUCGGUUGCUAAGCGCACACACUACACACAUACGGAAAUACUCACAACUAUUCCUGUUUCUACUUUUUAUGCAAAACAUAAAGAAACAAAUUCGCGGAACUCAUUCAGAACACCGAAUGCUAGUAGUUUGAACUCUUCAAAACAGAGCAGUUUACGAAGCGCCACCAAAAUUGCAAGGAGAACUCAUUACGAUGAUUGUAGAGAUCCUGCGGAAACGAUCGUGUUUGAUCACUGAGUCUUUUCUUCCGAAAAACCGUGCGGAGACAUGGAACUGUAAAAUAAAACAUUCAAACGUACGGUCAAAUGACAGCAUAAGUAGUUGUGUAAGGAAUAGGAUCUGUGUGGUGUGUUUGUGUAAGCUCGUGUUAUGAUGCGUGAAGCGUGUGAUGUGUUUGUUUCUAUUUUUGGCUGCAACAAUGGUAGUGGCGGCGGUAGAAACGAAACAAUGAAGAUUCUUGCUGUUGGUGAAAUGCUAAUAUGAGCCACUAAAACGUAUAUGAAUAUACGCAUACAUAUAAAUAUAUAUAUAAAAAUAUAAAUACACCAUACUUGAUUGCAUAUAUUUUACUAACAAAAAGAGAAAAAAUAAAAGCAAAAAAACAUACGAACAGACAAUGCUUAUAAAACUUUUGCGUGAAAGUAACGUCUGCACCUAAAAAUGGAGACGAAAUAAACUGCACCGUAAAGAUUAACUGAAAGCUACAGUAAGGAUAAGUAAGAAUGCGACAAUGAAACAAAAGUAUGGAAGCCAACUAAACUAAAUAAACGGGUGGCUAAAUCGCGAUUGAAUGAAUGGAAAUAAAAUAGGAGAAAAGAAAAAAAUUAAACAUUACUUGGAAGGAAAUCUUUAAUAUAAUGUAAUAUAGCCCAAUAGACUCGUAUUUGUAAUAGAAAUGAUAUAAAAAUAGAAGCAAAGGAUUCAAAAGAAACAGCGCCUAGACACCGCGACGUGAUGGCGGCAGGCGGGUGGUAUGUUGAACUACUAAACACUCUUCGAGAGUAAUGCGAACGCCGCCGCAUGCAUGCCACGAUUGAACAAUUAACUACGCCCCCAAAACACACUGCAGAACAGCUAAGUGGCAUCACCUAAAUACCUAGCGACAGUAUACAUUGUUUGGAACCAUUUGCCCUAGCUUAGUAACCUCUUGGUAAACGUUAAAUUGAGGAUCGAAAGUCUUGCAACAAAUGGUUAGCGCAACGGCAGUCAGACGAUUAUAUUACACGUAUAUUCUAUAUAUAAAUAUAAUUAUAUACACAUACACUUAUACAUAUGCAAACAACGUAUAUUUUACGCCUUUGCGAGGAAUAUUCUUUCGAUUGUUUAUAGUUCUGUUUGCUUGCGGUAAAUCUUCAACACACACUACUGCGCCUUUUUCAGUUUUUGCGUUGAUGCGUAUGAACCGAUCGUAAUAAAAAAAAGUAAUCACACAAUCAGAA